AUGCUACUAUCCACAAACGCACGCCGUUCAUUACUCACUGCCUCACGAAGGCUUCCUAUCACUGUAGGAACUACUACUAAAUUUGGUGCUGGCAGUGCAGUCCAACAAAGAAGCACUGCUUCCAAAGCUGUCAUCAAUGUCCUGGAACGACACCAUCGCCACCAACAAAAUUGGAGACGCCUUGUUACCUUCGGACUUGGUAUGGGAGCUUUGCAGUAUACCUUUGGCGAAGCUGAUAACUUCUUUGAACACAAGUUUGUGACACGCAAAAAGCCAGAGGACUUGGCAGAUUUCUAUGGAACAGAAGAUUUCAUGGAACUCUUUUGUGUCUUUCCAUUCAUGGUUCAUUUCAUGAUGCGAAAUGCGGAAUUUGGUGACGACGGGACCAUUCAUUCUUUUGGAUUGAUGGGUCCGGGGGGAAUGGAAAUUUCCAUUGAAUUCGACGAAGCGGAAAUUGAUACCACUGGUGAUGGUGAAACAGAUACCAUGUCGUGGUUCAACAAGAGAGAGAGCUUUCAAGACUUUGCUCCUUCCUUUUUGGGUGGGUUCAAGCUCUGGAGUAUGACUCAGAACUUUGGAUACCACUGGCGUACUGACGGAACCUGCGAGGUCUACCACCAAGGAGAACACUUUGAGGGAUUUUUCCCCAUCCGCCUUCUGUUUGCCAUCCAUUCACGUUAUGUGAUUUGGGCAACCGAAAAGUAUAUCAAAAGUGAUGCUUUUGGUGCUGAAGACCGCGAGGCCGAUCUUGAAGUCCAACGACAAAACAUUCCUCUCCAUGUGUUCAAACGAUUCGUCGAAGGCUUGACUGUCGAACUUGAAAAGGCAAAGGACGCACCAAACAAUACUGCCCAACAAAAGAGAGAUAUUGAAGUCAGUAUUCGUCGUCUUAAGACUAUUUCGGAUGGCAGUUCUGCCUCUCAGAAGGAUGGUGAACUUGCCCAACCUGCCAAACUUAAUCGUAUGCGCACCUUGCGUUCUCACAAGAGCAAGGUCACUAGGGCCAUCCUCAUCAUCGAUGACAAGGAAACCAAAGAUACUAUUCAGACAGCCAUGGAACAGCUUGGUUCCUCCAGUGGAAAACGACACGAGCCUACUGCCGAACUGAACAAGUUGGCUCGACAUGUCACACUUGCCUCUCGCAAGACCCAAAACAAGAAACCUUCGGCUUAA